UAUAUUGACACUUUUAUGAUCUCAGCUUAGAAACAUAAGUGUGAUAACAAGAGUGAUGGCUAACAAACAUAUAACUCUUGCUCAAAACUGUACAGCACAUUGGUUAGACAUGAACCAGGAACCAUCAUGGAGACUAAUCUAUAGGUUGGGUGAUGCAACCCAACCUCCUGAUCUAACCCGAAAACGGCGCCAACUUAUUGUGACUUUUGCAAGCUAUCCAGAUUCAACCUAAGGCCUGCUACUUGUCUCAGAAGGAUAGGAGUCGUGAAAGGACUACUCAUUUGUAAAGAAGAAACUGACCCAAACUGCCUAGCAAGAGCAAAUGGCCAAUGCCAGGAACAUUGUCAAUGUGUCUAGUCUGCUGGAGGAUAAUUCAGGCACGGGAUUGGAUCAUGAUAUCUCAGCUAUGUACGGGUUAGCUACCCCGACCAAUAGUAAACGGGGUCUGAGCAGUCCGGAUGAUGCAAUGGUUCGCAAUAAGCGAUUGACCGGAUUACAAGGCAGCCCAAGCACUUCCUCGGCCAAUGUGGUCAAAGUGGAAACCCCGACUUCGGUGAAAUUCUCCUCCAGAACGAAUCGAGGCGAUACUUUGAUUACUUUCGGCCAUCUGAAGAGCUCUAAUUGGAUCACGGACAAUCCCACUUUGUACAGUUGCUCGAUUAAGUCUGAAGGGGACGAGGUCCUGCGUAAGCCUUACAGGUACAUGUAUGAGAGUCUGCGGGACAAAGCCGGGGUCCUGGAUGAAAUCAUUUGCCGUUUAGGUCAAGACAUUUUGGCCCACAAUGAUAUGGGCCAGGAGGUCCAGAGUUUCGUUCAAGUGUGUCACGACGAGAUUGUGACUUUGGGUCGGAUUUGCUGUGACGAACCCGAGGGUCGCCUCAAUCCUCAGUCUGUCAAGUUACAGGGCAACGUCGAAUUAAGUGGAGGUCGAAUGGUGCCUUUGGAUCUUGGACAAGUGCGGGAGUUUUCGUUAUUCCCAGGUCAGAUUGUGGCUGUCCAAGGGAUCAAUCCAAGUGGACAGAAACUAGUGGCCAAACGAAUUGCGACCGAUGCCGGACUCCAGAUGCCGACCAAGUCGGAUCGGAUUAAUGCUAAUUCCGGUCCUUUGGAUAUUAUUGUCGUCAGUGGACCUUUUACCACCAAAGACAACUUGGACAACGAACCUUUGAAGGAAUUGAUCAAGUAUAUGCGUACCCACAAACCUCACGUGGCCAUCCUCCAUGGUCCUUUCUUGGAUAUCAAGCACCAGAUGGUCGAGAAUGGCGAUCUAGACGUGGCCUUUCACGAAAAGUUUAAUGAAAUCAUGCUCCAAUUGGCUUCAGAAACGGCAGAUUUACCAACUCGAAUGGUGAUCGUGGCCUCGUCUCGAGAAGCUCACCAUCACGUGAUCUAUCCCACUCCACCAUACGUGAAUGGUCUCAGGCCUGAAGACCGGGAACGCUUUCAAUUUGUUUCCGAUCCAAGUCUCGUCAGCAUCGAAGGAGUGGUCAUUGGGCUCACGUCCUCGGAUAUCAUGUUCCAUUUGGGUCGUGAAGAGACGGUAAUGCCCAACUCGAAGGACAGAAUCCGUCGAAUGGCGUCCCAUUUGUUGCAACAGCGCUCUUUUUAUCCCUUGUACCCGCCCAACGUGGAGAUGAGCAUUGACUUUGACAAGUAUGAGCAAUAUGCCACGCUCAGUGUUCAGCCUCAUAUAUUGAUUGUUCCAAGCGAUCUUGCGCAUUUCUUUAAGAGCAUUAACGAUGGACUCGUGAUGAAUCCUGGGCGGUUGGCCAAGGGUGAACAAGGGGGCGUGUUUGCUCGGCUCAGAAUCCAUCCCCCGUCCAACGACCAAGCCAACUUUAUCCAAAGAGUCCAGGGGGAAAUUGUACGGAUUUAGAAAUGCUAUUGUUGUGCUUCAUGCAUGCUAUAUAAAAGAAAUUCAUCAUGCGACAUUGAUUGAAUAAAACCCCAAAACGUGAAA